AUGGACGACCGCUCCGACCACACUGGGGACCCCGAGAAGGAAGCUGGAGAUGUGGAGAGCCUGGCCUCACGGCUGUCCGGGACCAAAACCAGCUCUGGCCCCCAGUCCCCGGCCGAACCCGCGGAGCCGGAGCCGGAGCCGGAGCCGGAGGCCGUAGAAGCUUCAGAGGAAGGCGCCGAGCCGGCCGAGUCCCAGGAACGGCCGGCGGCCACCGAGGUUGCUGGUGAGAAGGGGCCCGGAGAGCCGGAGUGGCCGGCCGAGGCCGAGGCCGAGGCAGGGGACCUGGCGGAGGCCGGGCCUGAGGAGCCAGCCAAGCCAGAGCCCGAAGGCGGCCCCGAGGAACCAGAAGAGGAGUGGAAGGAGGAGGACGAGGACGAGGCGGACGUGGCGGCGGAGCCGAGGAGGAAGGAAAUCCCGUCGCAGGUCUGUCUGCAGCAGGCCACGGCCGGCAAGGAAGAGGCUGCGCCAGACCGAGAGGCUGAGCGGGAAGGACAGCUGGCGGAGGAAGGAGAAGAGAGCGAGGAGAAGCUUGUGCAAGGAGGCCUGGGCAAAACCGAGGACGAGCUGGGGGAUUUGGACGAGGCACCCGAGCUUGAGAGCUGCGACUGGACUGAGGAGGUGCAGAAGCAGCAGGAGCAGCAGCUGCGCGCCGAGCUCCUGGCACAGUUCCGCUCCCUGACGGCGGAGCGAGAGCGCCACCAGCGCUACAGCAUCUACCUGCAGCACAGGAUCCUCGAGGCGCUGCGCAAGAAGGGCCUGGAUGCAGCCGAGGUGCCCGAGAAGGGCGCGGAGCCUGAGGCCCCCGAGAAAGAACAAGCAUACCUACGCCAUCUGGCCAUGCUGGAGCAUCUGAGGAAGCAAGAGUCAGAUGACCUGCGCUGGUACCACCGCGAGCUGGACCAGCUGAAGCGGCAGUGCGAAGAGAAGCUCUCCCGGGUGGAGGAGGAAUGGCGACGCUUGCAGGCACUCAAGAAGCAGGUGGUGAUGCAGGCCAUGGGCAGCUGCCGGAUGAGGGGUGGUCGCCAGGCCGCUCUGCGAGAGGUGGGGCAGAUCCAGGCAUUGGAGGAUAAGAAGGAGAAGGCGAUAAGCGCUGUGAGGCUAGAGAACGUGCAGCUGAAGCAGAGUUUGGUGCACUUUGAAAACAGGCUGAGGGCCCAGGAGGACCUAACAGAGGGCCUGCUCCUGAUAGAUUUUGAACAGCUUAAGACUGAGAACCAGACCUUGCAUGAGAAAGUCGAGGAGAGAAAUGAGGAGCUUUUGAAACUGCGCAGCAAGGUGACCAACCAUGUGCAAAUCAUAACCCAUGUGAAGGAAAAGUUACACUUUGUGGACACAGAAAAUGCGUGUAAAAAGUCAGAGCUUAUGGAGAUUGAGGCUCAGGUGGCCCUAAAGAGGGACAUCUUGACCAAGACUAAGCAAGCCCGGGACAGCCUGCGGAUUGACAACAUCAAGCUGAAUCAGAAGUGCGGGCUUCUGGGCAAGGAAGCACUCCUUCGGGACAUGGAAGAGGUGGUGGACAGGACUGAAGAACUCAGCCAGCGCUUGGAAGCCCUGAAGCACCAUCACGCUGGGCUUAUUCUGUCCUGCAGAGGCGUGAAGCAGAAGAUGAGGGAGGCCAAAGCCUUUCUGCCUUCUUGA